AUGCAGAGGAUACCAACACCUCUCGCAGCCGCUAGGUAUAAGGGGAUACCAACACCUCUCACAGCUGCUAGGUAUAAGGGGAUACCAACACCUCUCACAGCCGCUAGGUAUAAGGGAAUACCAACACCUCUCACAGCCGCUAGGUGUAAGGGAAUACCAACACCUCUCGCAGCCGCUAGGUAUAAGGGAAUACCAACACCUCUCACAGCCCCUAGGUAUAAGGGGAUACCAACACCCCUCACAGCCGCUAGGUAUAAGGGGAUACCAACACCUCUCACAGCCGCUAGGUAUAAGGGGAUACCAACACCCCUCACAGCCGCUAGGUAUAAGGGGAUACCAACACCCCUCACAGCCGCUAGGUAUAAGGGGAUACCAACACCUCUCACAGCCGCUAGGUAUAAGGGGAUACCAACACCUCUCACAGCCGCUAGGUAUAAGGGGAUACCAACACCUCUCACAGCCGCUAGGUAUAAGGGAAUACCAACACCUCUCACAGCCGCUAGGUGUAAGGGAAUACCAACACCUCUCGCAGCCGCUAGGUAUAAGGGAAUACCAACACCUCUCACAGCCCCUAGGUAUAAGGGGAUACCAACACCCCUCACAGCCGCUAGGUAUAAGGGGAUACCAACACCUCUCACAGCCGCUAGGUAUAAGGGGAUACCAACACCCCUCACAGCCGCUAGGUAUAAGGAGAUACCAACACCCCUCACAGCCGCUAGGUAUAAGGGGAUACUAACACCCCUCACAGCCGCUAGGUAUAAGGGGAUACCAACACCCCUCACAGCCGCUAGGUAUAAGGGGAUACUAACACCCCUCACAGCCGCUAGGUAUAAGGGGAUACCAACACCCCUCACAGCCGCUAGGUAUAAGGGGAUACCAACACCUCUCACAGCCGCUAGGUAUAAGGGGAUACUAACACCUCUCACAGCCGCUAGGUAUAAGGGGAUACCAACACCUCUCACAGCCGCUAGGUAUAAGGGAAUACCAACACCUCUCACAGCCGCUAGGUAUAAGGGGAUACCAACACCCCUCACAGCCGCUAGGUAUAAGGGGAUACCAACACCCCUCACAGCCGCUAGGUAUAAGGGGAUACCAACACCCCUCACAGCCGCUAGGUAUAAGGGGAUACCAACACCUCUCACAGCCGCUAGGUAUAAGGGGAUACCAACACCCCUCACAGCCGCUAGGUAUAAGGAGAUACCAACACCCCUCACAGCCGCUAGGUAUAAGGGGAUACUAACACCCCUCACAGCCGCUAGGUAUAAGGGGAUACCAACACCCCUCACAGCCGCUAGGUAUAAGGGGAUACUAACACCCCUCACAGCCGCUAGGUAUAAGGGGAUACCAACACCCCUCACAGCCGCUAGGUAUAAGGGGAUACCAACACCUCUCACAGCCGCUAGGUAUAAGGGGAUACUAACACCUCUCACAGCCGCUAGGUAUAAGGGGAUACCAACACCUCUCACAGCCGCUAGGUAUAAGGGAAUACCAACACCUCUCACAGCCGCUAGGUAUAAGGGGAUACCAACACCCCUCACAGCCGCUAGGUAUAAGGGGAUACCAACACCCCUCACAGCCGCUAGGUAUAAGGGGAUACCAACACCCCUCACAGCCGCUAGGUAUAAGGGGAUACCAACACCUCUCACAGCCGCUAGGUAUAAGGGGAUACCAACACCUCUCACAGCCGCUAGGUAUAAGGGAAUACCAACACCUCUCACAGCCGCUAGGUAUAAGGGGAUACUAACACCUCUCACAGCCGCUAGGUAUAAGGGGAUACUAACACCUUUCAAUUGA